CAUUAGCAGCUAACAGCUAGCAGCUAGCUCGCCCUUUGCUCGUGUUUUGAGGAUAAAAUUACUUAUUUUCUAAAGUCUUCCGGUGCCGGUGCAUUCAGAAAGCAGAAACAUGUCGGAAGAUUAUGAAUUUAGUGAGGAUCAGUACACGAUGAGAAUGGAAGAAGACGGAGAGGCUAACAACGACAACCCGAUGUUAGAGGCCGAGGACUGCGGCCCGGGGGCCGGGGCCGAGGCCGAGGGCUCCAGGAUCGAUGCCAGCAAGAAUGAGGAGGAUGAAGGGAAGAUAUUUGUUGGAGGGCUCAGCUGGGACACAACUAAGAAGGACCUGAAGGAUUACUUUUCAAAGUUUGGGGAGGUUGUAGACUGCACCUUAAAGCUGGACCCUAUGACCGGUCGAUCAAGGGGCUUUGGCUUUGUGCUCUUCAAAGAAGCUGAAAGUGUUGAAAAGGUUGCAUCUCAGAAGGAACAUAAGCUUAAUGGGAAGGUGAUUGACCCCAAAAGAGCCAUGGCCAUGAAGAGCAAGGAGCCUGUGAAGAAGAUCUUUGUUGGUGGUCUGUCUCCAGACACCCCUGAAGAGAAAGUCAGAGAGUAUUUUGGUGCCUUUGGAGAGGUGGAAUCGAUUGAACUUCCCAUGGAGAACAAAACUGAGAAAAGGAGAGGUUUCUGCUUCAUCACUUUCAAAGAGAAUGAGACAGUUAAGAAGAUCAUGGAGAAAAAGUACCACAAUAUUGGACUCAGCAAGUGUGAAGUAAAGUUGGCUGUGUCAAAAGAGAAAUAUGAGCAGCAGCAGUACUGGGGAGGAGGAAGAGGUGGAUACUCGUCCAGGUCUAGAGGAAGAGGUGCUGGUCCCACUCAAAACUGGAACCAGGGUUAUGGUAACUACUGGAAUCAAGGCUAUGGAAAUUAUGGCAAUUAUGGUUACGGUAAUCAAGGAUACGGGGGAUAUGGUGGCUAUGAUUACUCUGGAUACAACAAUUAUUAUGGAUAUACAGACUACAGCACUGAUCAGUCUGGGGGUUAUGGCAAAUCACCAAGGCGUGGUGGUCACACCAACAGUUACAAGCCAUAUUAAAGGAGUUAACCCUCAACUACAAGUAGCGGAGCUUCCUUGCAGGCCAUGAGCUGACUCCCAGAUACUCUCAGGGCCCGCUCAAUGCGGACCGGGUACGAGAAGCGUACGCUCUCGAAUGCUGCCAUUUGGUAUGGUCUUACAACAUCCUGUAUCAGCAUUUCUAAACUAAACAAUAUGGGACACAUGCAGCUUUGUCAUCUUUCUUUUCAUAUUUUUUAUUUCUUUGCAACUGUUAUGUAAUGUAAAACUUAAAAUAUACACAUGUAAUUGUCAUUUUUUUACAGGCCCUUACUCCCCCACAAGUAAUGAUUAUAAAAAUGAAAAAUUAACUAUUUGCUUUUCAAAGGAUACAUACAGCUUUCUCUGGAGUUUCCAGUUCCUAAUGUUAAUAUAUUCAUUCCUAAUCUUAAAAAUGCUUGUUUCUUUGUUUAGCUAGUAGUCCAUGAGCUUAAACCUGGUUCGUAUUGGACUCAACUGUGUUGGGGGAUAAAGUGCUUUAAUUUGUGUAAUUGUAUUGUUCUGUUUUGUGUUACUGACAGCAAUGGAAAAGACUCCUCUUUUGUUAAUUUUUCUGUAACACAUUUUUUCUUCUUACAACCAUUGAUUUAUAAACAAAACGAUAAUCAAGUGUCAUCAGACUUUGGAAAAUCUGCAUGUAGUGCUUUCCAAUAUGUUUUCUUGAUCAAUAUGAAAGUUUUAUUUUCCAUUUAGUGGUAUGACUUCUUCAGUUUAUUGCACUUCAGGAUCCUUAGUAUAACUAUCUUGUUAAAAUCUCAAGUGUAAAAUUAAUUGCUCUCAGUUUGUUUUUUCUUAUUGUCUUUAUUACAUAGGAAACUUAAACACUGGGGAUUUGUGUUGUUUUUGUAACGUGACAGUUGUUCAUGUAUAACUGACUUGUUUUUGUUUGUUUCCCACAGGUUUCAGAGUGAUAACGUUGGUGUUCGCUGGUGGAGCGUUGGGCAGAGAGAUGAUGGGCAAAGAUCAUAGAGCUAGCUUUUUGAAAGCACAUAAAGACCUACAGUACAUUUUCUCUGUAUUUACACAAGUAUUUCAGUAUUUUGUAUUUGUUUAAAUUGCUUCAGAGGCUUAGCGUUUUCAGUUUCUCCUCUGUUUUUGGUAUUUAAAGUUCUUAAAUACUGCUUGUGAAUUGCUUCCUUUAUCCCAUAACUGUAGUAUCGACUGAACAAAUCACUCACAUGUACAGUGACGCUGCAGCCAUAAUACAGCUAAAGCCUUUUAUUGUGUUCAUCAGUUAUAUACGUGUUACUACAGAGUUUGACAGUCAUAAACAUACAUAUGUACAUGGUGUACUAGACAAUGAAAAAGCAACAAAUAAAAAAAGUUCACAUGGA